AUGCAAACUGAACUUGAUGCCCUUGCUCACAAUAAUACAUGGUCUCUUGUCCCACUGUCUACCGGUCACAAAUCCAUAGGCUGCAAAUGGGUCUACAAGAUCAUAUACAAAUCUGACAGCUCUGUUGAGUGUUACAAGGCUUGCCUUGUUGCUAAGGGCUACACUCAAAUUGAAGGAGUUAAUUAUUUGGAGACUUUUUCUCCCACUGCCAAACUUACCACUAUCCACUGUCUCAUCGUGGUGGCUGAUUCUUGCAAUUGGCCCAUCCAUCAAAUGGAUGUUCACGAUGCAUUUUUGCAUGGUGAUCUUGAUGAGGUUAUCUAUAUGUACAUUCUGCAUGGUCUUCACCGACAGGGGGAGAAUACGGUAUGUCCAAGGUUCUGA